UACCUACGUAUACCGCGAUUGCUCUGGCCGGAAGAGAAAGGUGCAGCGCUUAGAAGGCUCCCCUCCUAGUUCCUGCUUCUCCACUAUUGCUGUCGCGGACGUAGGAGUACAGACCUGAAAGCUUACGCGGCCCUGGGUUGUGAGAUGCCGGGCGGCGGCCACUGCCCCGACUGCGGGUCCACCGAGCUCGUGGAAGACUCGCACUAUUCGCAGAGCCAGCUGGUGUGCUCAGACUGUGGCUGCGUGGUCACCGAGGGGGUCCUUACUACCACCUUCAGCGACGAAGGCAACCUCCGAGAAGUAACCUAUUCCCGAAGCACAGGGGAAAACGAACAAGUUAGUCGCAGCCAGCAACGAGGUCUCCGCCGAGUGAGAGACCUCUGCCGAGUCCUGCAGUUGCCAUCGACAUUUGAGGACACAGCAGUUGCCUACUACCAGCAGGCCUACCGGCACUCUGGAAUCCGUGCUGCCAGGCUGCAGAAGAAGGAGGUGUUAGUUGGGUGCUGUGUCUUAAUCACCUGCCGGCAGCAUAACUGGCCCCUCACCAUGGGAACCAUCUGCACCCUGUUGUAUGCAGAUCUGGAUGUGUUUUCUGGCACCUACAUGCAGAUAGUGAAGCUCCUGGGGCUGGAUGUGCCAUCUCUGUGCUUGGCAGACCUGGUGAAGACUUACUGCAGCAGCUUCAGACUGUUCCAAGCUUCCCCAUCCGUGCCAGCCAAAUACGUGGAAGACAAAGAGAAGAUGCUGUCGCGCACACUGCAGUUGGUGGAGCUGGCGGACGAGACGUGGCUGGUGACCGGGCGGCAUCCCUUGCCUGUCAUCACUGCUGCUACCUUCCUGGCUUGGCAGUCGCUGCAGCCUUCAGAGCGUCUGACGUGCUCCCUUGCCCGAUUUUGUAAGUUGGCAAAUGUGGACCUGCCCUGCCCUGCUUCCUCCCGCCUGCAGGAGCUGCUGGCUGUGCUGCUGCGGAUGGCUGAGCAGCUGGCCUGGCUGCAGGUGCUGAGGCUCGACAAACGGUCUGUGGUGAAGCACAUCGGCGACCUCCUGCAGCACCGCCACACGUUGGUCCGCAAGGCCUUUCGAGACGGACCGGCAGAGUCGGACGCUGGGGAGGAGGAGCAGCAGGGACGGGGCCAGGGGCCAGGGCAGGGAAAGGAGGUGGCGAGUAGUUCCUUAGGUCCGCCCGAGGGCAAGCGGCCAGCCAGUCCUGCCCUUCUCCUCCCACCUUGCAUGCUGAAGCCCCCAAAGCGGGUCUGUCCCCCACCCCCUAUCUCCACGGCCACUGGAGAUGAGGAUAUUUCUGACAGUGAGAUAGAGCAGUAUUUGCGUACCCCUCAGGAAGUGAGGGACUUUCAGAAAGCUCAAGCUGCAAGACAGGCUGCCACGGGGGUUUCUAACCCUCCCUGAGGUGCAUCCGAGAGAGCACUCCCACCAUUCGGACAGCAGCUUGAUCAUAGGCCUGUCCUAUCUGGAGAAAUAAGUGUAUGUGAGUCCUGAGGCAGGCUUUGUUUGUUUGUUUGUUUUCCUCGUUUAAAGGAACCAAGGGACUCUGCAGUUAAUUGGACCCUGGGUCCUGGAAUAGAAGUCAGGAGCAAUGCAGGCACAACUGGGUUGGAGAGAAUCCCAUCCCUGAGAGGGAUGGUCCCAGAGAGGAAGGUGCACACAUUCAUGUUAUGAGGGAUGGCUUUCCUCCUACCCUGGCUGGAGAAUGUCAGGCUUUCUCCUGGUU